AUGACAGGAAGUGAAGUGGGAGAAAGAGAGGAGGGGGGCAGGAUCAGGAAGGACCUCAAGUCGGGAUUUGAACACGGGACAUCCAAAGCACAAUGGCACUAUAUGUCAGCACACUGCCCACAAGGCUAUCGAAUGGAGAAUUAUGAGAAUUGUGCCAGAAGAAUUCAGGCGUAUUGGAGAUCUUUUAGGGACAGAUGGCUCUUCAGACUCCUGAUGAAUACUGUACGCUCUGCAGAACAGUGUCUGGCAUCAGCAGUUCUGCAUCAGCUCAGUCCCAGAGAAGCUGAACUCCUGAAAGACCCCAGUCUGAAGUGCAAGAUCAGAUUCAGGCUUGCAGGUCCUUGGUUUCCACCCUCAGUUGUCUUCAAUAUUUUCCACAUUGGAGGAGGAGGACACUAUCUGUCUGGCAAAAAAGUAUUUUCUCCCUCCAACCAGGCCACAGCAGACGCCUGCAGAAUGAUGGGAAACAGAGCAUUUAUGGAUCUCAUUUCAAUGGAUGAGUUUCACAAAGCUGCUGUUGAACCACAAGAUGUGAUUUGCAUGAGAGACUAUAUGCAGUAUUCCAGCCACUUGGAUGAGCUUCCAGCAUGUGUAGGGGGAAGGGAAAACGGAUGGAGGUUCCUGUCUCUGAAGGUGCUGUCCCGGGACGUCAUGCUCAGAGAGGGUGUAAAGCCAGGAACAAGAGGCAGGUUGAAGACAGCACUGCUGUUCAGACAUCUCGCAUCUCAGACAUCUCAUUUUGCUGGACAGCAGCUCUCACACAGAGGUUCUCGGGUUUCUACACGACAAUCUGCCCGCGCUCAAAACACUGCGGCCCGCAAGAGACGCCUCUACGGCCUGAGUGAGGCUGAAAGAAUAUUAGAUGAACAGAAGCAUAUGGACAGCAUUAACACACACGACAUGAAGAAACUGAACGUGACGACUGAGAAACGGGACAUCAAGAUAGUUCUACCAUCAGUUGAGACUGAAGAGUCUGAAUGGGAGGAAGAGGCUGAGAAACUGUGCAACUGCAGCUCGUUGUUAGCUUCGCUUUCGCCGGGUGAAUGUUGCUCUUCGGCCUUCCGCGUUUUCCUGCGGCUCUGCGCAGUGUCUGUCUGCGGAGCUCCGCCCUCCCUGCGCACUGCGCGGCCCGCCCAGCGCCCGCUAACUCCCGAUCCAGCCCUGCCCGAGUCUGGGGGUAUCCGACGGCCUGCCUGCCCGGGGAAAAUCUGGAGGCCGCCCCGCGCGUUGAUCUAUGGUAAGCGCGCCGAUGGCGACGAAUCGGACCGCGCGGGUUUCAUCCCACGCUACGCCAGCUUUAUGCGCUGA